AUGCUUCGAGCUCAGGUCUUCUUAUGGGCAUAUAUAUUGAUAUUUUUCCCUGCUAGUGUUGUAGCGCAAGGCCUUGGUGUUAACUGGGGUGUCAUAGCAUCACAUCCUUUAGACCCUAAGAUUGUCGUCAAUAUUUUAAAAGAUAAUGGCAUAAAAAAGGUUAAGCUUUUCCAUGCUCAACAUGACAUUCUAACUGCCCUGUCUGGAACCGAUAUUGAGGUCAUGGUGGGGAUCCCCAAUCAUUCUUUGGAAAGUCUUUGGAAAGUCUUUCUGAGAAAUAUAGUGUACGUGGCCGUAGGAAAUGAACCAUUUCUGGCAGCCUACAAUGGUACGUACAAUAACCUUACACUCCCAGCUAUGAAAAACAUACUGAAAGCACUAAAUGAAGCAGGUGUUGGAAAAGAUAUCAAAGUAUCAACACCGCUCAAUGGUGAUGUUUACAUCACACCAACUUACAAACCAUCAGAUGGAAUAUUUCGACAUGACUUGGCAGAUAUCAUGAAUGGAAUAUGUGAAUUUCUCCAUAAAAAUGAUUCUGCCUUUAUAGUCAAUAUCUAUCCUUUCCUAAAUCUUUAUCAAAAUCCUGGAUUCCCUGAACCUUAUGCCUUCUUUGAUAACGAUGACUCAAACUCUAUGGAUGAUCAUGGUGUUAAAUAUCGUAGUGUUUUAGAUGCUAAUAUUGACACUCUUGUCGCGGCACUUAAAGUAGCUAAUUUCUCGGAUAUACCAAUCAUCGUGGGGGAAGUUGGAUGGCCAACUGAUGGUAAUAUUUACGCCACAACAAAAAAUGCUAAAAAGUUUUAUAAUGGGUUGCUAAAGCGAAUGGCAAAAAAUGAAGGAACUCCACUUCGCCCGAAGCAGUAUCCUGAUGUGUAUAUGUUCUCUCUGUUGGAUGAAGAUCUUAAGAGUAUUGAUCCAGGAAUGUUUGAGAGGCAUUGGGGGAUUUUCAGCUUUGACGGACAACCUAAGUUUCCAAUGGACUUGUCAGGGAAAGGACAGAACAAGUUGCUUGUCGGUGGAAAAAAUGUCAAAUACAUGGAAAAGCAGUGGUGUGUGUAUAACAAAGAUGCUUCUAACCAAAAGGAUUUGCCUGUAAAGGUUGCAUGGGCUUGCAAUAGUACUGAUUGCACAACCUUGGUACCUGGAGCUUCAUGUUCUGGUAUGGGUAUUGACAUGAAUGCCUCGGUUGCCUUCAACAUGUACUACCAAAUGGCAAAUCAAACUAAAGGUGCAUGUGAUUUUGAAGGUUUAGCCAAAAUUGUCAAGCAAGAUCCAUCUAAUGGGACAUGUCGGUUCCCAAUUAUGAUUAAAACUAUCCAAACUACAUCAAAUUCUGAUGCGUCUGCUCCUAAAUCAUCAAGUAUUGUAGCGCAAGGCCUUGGUGUCAACUGGGGUGUCAUAGCAUCGCAUCCUUUAGACCCUAAGAUUGUUGUUAAUAUGUUAAAAGAUAAUGGCAUAAAAAAGGUUAAGCUUUUCCAUGCUGAGCAUGACAUUCUAACUGCCCUGUCUGGAACUGAUAUUGAGGUCAUGGUGGGGAUCCCCAAUCAUUCUUUGGAAAGUCUUUCUGAGAAAUAUAGUGUAGCACAAGCUUGGGUGAAAGCAAAUAUCACUGCAUAUAUGGGUAAAAAGGGUGUCAACUUCAAAUACGUGGCCGUAGGAAAUGAACCAUUUUUGGCAGCUUACAAUGGUACGUACAAUGACCUUACUCUCCCAGCUAUGAAAAACAUAUUGAAAGCACUAAAUGAAGCGGGUGUUGGAAAAGAUAUCAAAGUAUCAACACCGCUCAAUGGUGAUGUUUACAUCACACCUACUUACAAACCAUCGGAUGGAAUAUUUCGACAUGACUUGGCAGAUAUCAUGAAUGGAAUAUGUGAAUUUCUCCAUAAAAAUAAUGCUGCUUUAAUCGUCAAUAUCUAUCCUUUCCUAAAUCUUUACCAAAAUCCUGGAUUCCCAGAACCUUAUGCCUUCUUUGAUAACGAUGACUCAAACUCUAUGGAUGAUCAUGGUGUUAAAUAUUGUAGUGUUUGA